AUGAAGACGACGGCAACAAAGGCGGUGCUGCUCACGCUGCUCAGCAGCAGCGGCUUCGUGGCAGGCGUCCGGGCCGCCGCGAAUCUAUGCUUCUUCCCCGGCGGCGUGCAGAGUCUCGACGUGCCGUGCGAUCCCAAGGCCGAGGUCAGCAUGUGCUGCGGAAGCGUGAAUGCGUGUUUAAGCAAUGGGUUGUGCAAGCUUGAGGAUACGUCGAAUAACACGGGUAUUGCGUAUGCGAGAGGGACGUGUUCGGAUCCGACGUGGCAGAGUCCGAUUUGCCCGCAACAUUGCGUGUUGAACCCCGACACAAGGAAAAACAACACGGCAUACGACUUCAGAUUCAACGGUGUCCAGGUAUGGCAAUGCGACAGCCAAGGCUUCGGCGUACCCGGCAAGUUCUGCUGCGAAUCCGCCGCAGAAAAGACGAGAUGCUGCUCCACGCCGCCCGCUAUCUUCGGGCCCCUCAUCGCCGCGACCCCGGGCAACGCCGCCGCCGUCCAAACCCUCAACACCGGCGCCAAGUCUACGCCCACACCCUCGGGAUCAGGUCGCGCCAGUAUCACGGGCGGUAGCAAUUAUCCCUCGCAGCAGACGCCCGAGAUGACGGCCGUGCCAACGAUGACGAGCAAAAUCCCUGCCACGCCUGGCGGCGCGGAAGCCAGCCAGCCGACGGCGGAUACGAAUUCCGGCAGUGGAGAUAGCGGACAAAAGGGCAUCGGGAACGUGGCUGUCGUGGGACUCGGCGUUGGUGCGAGUGUUGGUGGUGCGCUGCUCGUGGCGGUGGGCGUGAUGUGUUAUCUUCGCAAGGAGAGGUCUCGUCGGGGACCCGUGGAGCUUGAUGGGUCAAGUAUCAAUGGCGGCUACGGCGGUAGCAGCGGAGCGAGCGAUAUAUCGAGGUCCAAUACGGGUCGGAUCGCGUAUGGGGGGAUGAACAUUCACAAUAUGAAUCACAAUGGGGGCACGGGGACGAUUGGCUCCAUGGGGACGGGGACGUACAACAUGUCGGCGACGCCUGGGAUGAUGACUGUGAGGAGGGCGAGUAGUGAGUGGGAUGGGAGCCCGGGCGGGUUGGGCGGGAAUUAUCAGAUGGCGGAGAUUGAUGGCAAGGAGGCGAUUGUUGUUGCUGAGCCGCAAGGGAGGAAGAAGAGUCUCUAUGAGCUGCCGUAG